AUGAAUGGCGACUACCAGCCACUUGGACAACUAUGGGUAUCUCACUUCGUCACCCGUAACCCACGCGUCGCAUCAAUAGUCGGCCGAAAGAUCAAGAGUGCACGUACUACUGGCGCCAACUACGAGACUGUAAAAGCUUUUCUUGAGCUCUUCAAGCGUACGCGUAUAGAGCUAGGUAUACAGUAUGAAGAUAUAUGGAAUAUGGACGAGAAUGGAGUAGCCUUAGGGGUAUGUACGAACGCUAGAGUGCUCGCAAGCUCUUCAAAGAAGAAAGCUUACGUCAAGUCUCCAGAGGAUCGCGAGUGGGUAUCGAUUAUUGAGACCGUCUCUGCCACAGGCGCCAAGCUCCUGUGCUUAGUCGUCUUUAAGGGCAAGCAUCUUCAGACUACGUGGUCUCCCACUACUGGUACACCAGACCGGUUAUACACUACCUCAGAGAAUGGAUGGACAUCAAAUCCAAUUGGGUAA